AUGUCCCCGCAGGACCAAGAGAUGGCAUGCGCCGCAGCACAUGAAGACUUUGGUCGUCAUCAACAAACGCCCAACCAUCAACGAACAGCAGUAACCAAAUGCGACAUCCUCAUCAUAGGCGCCGGCGCCGGCGGCUUGGCUGCGGCGGCAGCUGCGCAUGACCAAGGGCUCAGAGUCAUCCUGGUGGAGAAGGAAGGUCAUGUUGGCGGCACAACUUUCAGGUCCGGUGGCUGCAUGUGGAUGCCCAACAAUUUUCUCAUGCAGGAAAAUGACAUCAAAGAUAGCAAAGAACAAGCCGCGCGCUACAUCAAUGCUGUGGCAAAACUUGGAAGCCCAGUCCUUGUGGAACAAGCCGUUCAUGUGGACCUGCGCGAUGAGCGCCUCGACGAUUUCUUGACGCAGGGGCCCGAGAUGAUGAGAUACCUUAGAGACCAGGGCUUCCGAUGGAUGGCCAAACCGUCCCAGUUCCCAGACUAUCACCCGUACGUUGACGGUGCGGUCGAGCAUGGCCGCACCUUGGACCCAGCGGUUUUCGAUGCGGCAAGCCUGGGCCAUUACCAGAAAUACCUCCCGAAGCCAGACGGCGUGCCUGUGGUCCCUAGGUUUGAGGACUUCCGGGUCUUGACAAGGUUGCGUUCUUCCAGCCUUUAUCCUGCGGAAGCCUCGGCUCUUCCGAAAGGAAUGGUGAGGCCUAUGUCCAUGGGGCGACCGCUCAUUGCCCAGCUUCUCAAGAUGUGCAUGGAACACGACAACGUAGAGAUUUGGACUGGCUGGGAGCUGAGCGAACUCUUGCUAUCUGAUCACGAUGGAGGCGUGAUAGGAGCAAGAGUUCACCGCAGAGGCGCAUCUAACGGGGACGCUGGCAUCGCACUGCAAGCCGGGCUGAAGAUUGGCGCUGGUAGUGCACAGCUUGGUCAAGUCUGGGGUAUUCCCACCAUGGUCGAUCCUAGGACGGGAAAAGUGACGGAAGCCAUGUUUGCCAUAUCCAAGCCCUUCUCCAUAGUAGUCGAUGGCUGGGGCCGCCGCUUCUUCUCCGAGUCCCAGCCCUACGGCGAGGCCGUUAGGUCCAUGUAUGAGAGAGCAAAUGAGGACGCAGAAGCGGCCGCAUUCUGGCUUGUCUUUGACCAGAGAUACCGGAAAAGAUAUCCCAUCGGGAGCCUCAAGACCGUCUGGCAGAUUGAUCAGGCUAUCGAACGAGGCUUGCUCUUGCACUCGGAUACUAUUGACGGCCUAGCUGAGCAGAUAGGGGUGCCGAGGCAUAGCCUGCAGGCGACAGUAAGCGAGUGGAAUACAAUGUGUCAUCAAGGUAUAGAUAAACAUUUCCACAGAGGUGAGGACAGGUACCAGCAGUUCAUCGGCGAUCCAACUGUGGUACCAAACCCAUGCAUGGGUCCUGUCAAGGAAAGCCCGUUUUACGCCAUCAGAAUCUUUCCCGGUGAUGCUGGCACGCGAGGCGGCCUGCGGACUGACCAGCACGCAAGAGUGCUCAGGGCAGACGGGAGCGUGAUUUCUGGUUUGUUUGCUGGGGGCAACGCAUCAGUUGCGCUUCUUGGAACCCAGGGGGCGGGAACGACACUCGCCCCUGCGAUGACCGAGGGCUUUGUCGCGGUGAGAUACAUGCGGCAGCUGGCUGACGGCGGUGGCGCCCUGCUCACGGACUAG